UACCGAUGUUUGUUUCCGACUCACGUGGUUUCAUACCAAAGCGAUGCCAGGAGGAGGAAAGACAGAUGCAGGGAACAGGGGUGCUGCUGUCUGCGACUCGAGCCCAGAAAGACUUUGGGCAGUGAUGUCCUGAGGUCUCAGGGGGAUUUUGAGUUCCUCAUCAGCUCAAACUCAGUGCAGUCAGCAUGAGCUCGUUUGCUGGACGCAUGAAGGAAUAUCCCACCAUCUCCCUGGACCGAUUUGACAGGGAGAAUUUGCACGCCAGAGCUUAUUUCCUCUCUCACUGCCAUAAAGAUCAUAUGAAAGGGUUGAAAGGACCUUUCCUGAAGAGAAAACUGAAGUUAAGUUUAACAGUGAAGCUGUACUGCUCAUUUGUCACAAAGGAGCUCCUGCUUAGUAACCCAAAAUAUGCAUUCUGGGAAGAUCACAUUGUGCCCCUGGAGCUGGACAGUCCAACGCACAUAUCUCUGACAGAUGAAACCACUGGAGAGUCAGAGGAUGUUGUUGUAACUCUGCUCACAGCCGGACACUGUCCAGGAUCGGUCAUGUUUCUGUUUGAGGGUGCUCAGGGUACAGUGCUCUACACAGGGGACUUCAGACUGGCUGUCGGAGAUGCUGCAAGAAUGGAGUACUUGCACUCUGGAGAAAGGGUAAAAGACAUUAAGAGUGUGUAUAUCGAUACCACAUUCUUUGAUCCCAAGUACCAUCAGAUCCCUAGCAGGGAGGCUUGUUUAACAGGGAUAAGACAGCUGAUCCAGGACUGGAUCUGUCAGAGUCCGUACCAUGUGGUUUGGUUAAACUGUAAGGCAGCGUAUGGUUACGAGUACCUCUUUACCAACUUGGGACAAGAGUUCAGCUCACAGAUACAUGUGAACAGCUUGGAAAUGUUCAAAAAAAUGCCUGAAAUUCUGUGUCAUGUGACCACCAACCGGGCAACGCAGAUCCACGCUUGUAGGCACCCCAAGGAUGAGGAGUUCUUCAGGGCGAACAGGUUACCGUGCGGCACCACGGCUCCAGACGGCAUUCCUCUGAACAUUAUCAGCAUCAAACCCUCAACAAUAUGGUUUGGAGAACGGACCAGAAAGACCUCGGUCAUUGUCAAGAUGGGGAGCAGUUCCUACAGAGCAUGCUUUUCUUUUCAUUCCUCUUACUUGGAAGUUAAGGACUUUCUAUCCUACAUUGGUCCUGUUAACAUCUACCCUAAUGUCAUUCCAUUGGGCAAGACACUGGAGGACGUCACAGAUCUGUUGAAGCCAUUGUGUAGAAAACAUACUGAAAGGGACGAGAUGGUCUACAAACCGCUUGGAACCCUUAAAAGAACCAGAAAGAGAUGCACAUCAGAAGGCUCAGACAGUAAUGACGACUUGUUUGAUGAGGUUUCCACGGCUCCGAGGUGGCGGAAGACGAGAGUGGUUGAUCUGACCAAGAUUGCCAUUAGUGCACAACCACGUAGUCCUAAUAAAGAUUCUCAUGAUACAGACCAAAUGUACUCCCUCAUACAGACCUGUCCCUCCGCACACUCGUCCAAUUACAUGGACUGCACUGAAUCAAAUGAUGAUGAUGACGACGAUGAAGAUGAUCCUGAGCAAUCUCCUGUACCUCACCCAUCUGGUCUUGCUCCUCCAUCUUGCACAGAAAUGCCAUGCUCAAAACUGACUCGUUUGGACCCGUCCCAAUCCAAAGCUGCUCAGCCUUGUUGGGAAAAGUUCUUCACGGCAGAACCGGUGUUGACGGACGAGAGCGAGUUGGAUAACAGUCAGAACAGCCACAACACAGCCACCGAAAACACAGCGUCCCAAUCGCCUGAGCUGUUUCAGGAUGAAGAUGAGGAUGACAAGAGCUCCGUUCACAUGACUUCCUCUCAGUCCACUCAUAUAUCAGAUGCAGGAAUGGAGAGCCUCAGUCAAAUGGACACCGUUCUUGUCCAAGUGGAUGAAAAUAAAGCCGUUGUUAGUGAGCAGAGUAACCGGGAUGGGAUUGACACUGAACAGAAGACGGGAGAAGCCGUGGAGCCGAAAUCAGACUCUCAGGUGUCAUCAGAUUUUGAGCUUCCACCAACACCAGGUUCAAAAGUCCCACAGCCAGAAGACCUGAAGGACCUGUACAGGAAGUUGGCAGCAGGGGAGGAAGUGGUCAUAAGACAAAUUUAUUAAUUUCAUGUUUGUUUACUCGAGUAUUUAUUUUUUUGGUUUGUUGUACGACAGCUUACCUCAUGCAGUUUUGUACCUUUAUAAAUGCUGAAUACUUUAAUUAAAUUCCUCAAGCAAAUGC